AUGAGCCAACAAUCACAAAAAACUUUUCACAAGAUAUUUAUCCCUUCUUUACAUGACGGAACCUCUUUAGAAGCUCGAGUUGGGGUAAAUAAUAUUGAUGAACAGAAGCCAAUUAAAGCUAUUAUUGUCUCACAUCCGUAUGGGCCUUUAGGUGGAAACUUUUAUAAUAAUGUUGUUGUAGCUGUUGAGCAAUAUUUUAGGGAUAAAGAAUUCUUGACAAUUGCAUUUAAUUUUAGAGGUUGUGGAAGAUCUGGAGGUCGUACUAGUUGGUCAGGCGAACCAGAAUGUGAAGAUUACAAAACAAUAUUGGAAUUUUUAUCAAAAUCUGGUAGAAUUAAUGAAAAUAUUAUAUUACAAAUUCCUAAAAUUUCUCAUGUUACAAUAAUA